AAAGAAUCUCCAGAAGAAAAAGCAAACAUAUUUUCCAUGCUCACCUUUUGGUGGAUGACACAGUGAGUAUCUUGUAACAGUUAAACCUAGAAUGAACUUUUUACAAUUUUGAGAGAUGACAGCUUUAGUAUCUGGACAAAUAAAAUUACAAAACUAUCAAUCGGAGGUCUAAAGUUAAGUGAAGUCAAUAGGUUCUAUUAACUCAAACUUUGGAAUAUUACGUCAAAUUUGAUGGUUCAACGAGUUUAAAAGUUUAAUGCAAAGGUUCUUGUUAGAAAGUUAGUACCAUCGUUUAGAUGUAAAGAUGAACUGUCGUAAACAUUGUCUGUUCUCUUAGCAUUGAAACUUUCAUGUUUGUCAAACCAGGUUGUAAUUUGAAAUGUAAUUUUAACUAUAUUAAUAGCCUCAUGUCUGAAACAAGAAACAUGUAUCUUUGGAAAUAUAAAUAUAGACCUUAAAUUGUAAUUUCAGUUUUAUUGGUGGAACGUUUUAUAGGAUAUUGAAGAUUCUAACAGAUCAUAAAUCGAUCAUAGAAAUAAUACAUCUAUUAUUUAGUAACAUAUACAUACUAGAAUUAUUUACAUUAUGUGCAGUACUGUAUGCAAUAAUCAGAUUUAGGCGAUGAUUAGGUUGGGGUUAGAUUUUUAUUCAUAACAAAGAUCGACUUUGAAAGAGUUUAUUUCGAAUUUCUUCUUUAAGCAUUCAUUUUGUCAGAGGGCAUGUACAAAAUAACAUUGGUGGUAUUGGAAUUUUACAAAUAGUUAUUUUCUUGUAGAUUGGUAUGGUUAGGUUUUCGUCGACCAUUAAUUUCCAAGGAUCUGUGGUGUUUAAAAGGUUCACUUUGGUCUCAGAAUAUCGGCUCAAAGUUUGAUAAAUAUUGGAAAGAGGAGAAAGAAAGAGUUUUAAGGUGUGUUAAUGUAAUGCAAUUGAAUCUUGUAAUUAUAUUGUUUACAGUACAAAAAAUUAAAACGCAGAUUAAAACAAGUGAAAACAUUAGCAGAUUAUGGGAAUAUUUGCUCCAGAAUACGUUACUUUACAUUGUCAUUAUUAAACUCACUAACCACAAAUAUGAUUUAUAUGAUUUUGAUAUUGGAAAUAUGGUUUGGGUCAUUCUAAGAAGAAAUGCAAUAUUCAAUUAUUUAUCGUUAUCAAAAUGUUAAUAACAUCACAGAGAUAUAUUUAAUUUCUUAUUUAGAAUGACCCAAAUAUUACACAUACCAAAUAUCAUAUUUUUAGAGUGGUACGUGCCACUUUAAGGGAAUAUCCAAGAUGGAAAGAAGUGCUGUACUAUACCUGUUGAAGAAUAGGGCACGUUUUAGCACAAUUUUCAAUUAAUUAACGAUAUCUCCCACCCCCAUUCCUAUUCAAUGCAGAAUGCAACAACGUUAAUAGACCUUAUGCAUGACGUCACAAGGCUUGAUGCCUGCGAGGAAUGCUGGUCUUAGUAGUCAUCGUCCGGGAAAAUUUGGAUAGUAGCCAUUUUGAAUUGUUUAAUUUCCCCGGGCGAUAGCCUAAUAACAGACCUACGUUUCACCCGCCCUAAAAUUCGUCGACGGAAAGGGCGAAACGUAGGUCUGUUAUCAGGCUACCCGGGCGGUGACUACUAAGACCAGCAAUCCUCACGGGCAUCAAGCCUUGUAACGUCAUUAUGCAUAAGGUCUAUUCAGUCAGGCUUGUCUGUUGGUCCAACAUUAAUUUGGGAGAGGGUUUAACGAACUGUAUGUUUACCUUAAACAUUCCGCUUUACUAAUAAAAAGAUAUUAAAACAAGAAAAACUACCGUGGUGUCCCAAGGACGUUUAGUUUACCAAGAUUGCACCCUCUCUUUAUUUCAAAUUAAAGGAGAUUUUGUUUCAAUUAUAUCACUAUUUUUUGUAAAGGAUAGCUGUAACUAUUUGUUUCAGUAUCUAUAAUUACUUUGCAUCGUUCUUUUAGAAAGCUUGAAAGGCACCAAUCAGGAAAAAUGACCUCUGUAGCAAACGGUAGAACAUCUUCGGCCACAGAUGAACGACAAAACCUGAACGAUGAAGUGAAAUAUUCCAGUGAUGAAAGAAAAGAGUAUCAUCCGUCAUUAAUCAAGACUUUAUGGAAAGUGUUUGGUCGCUCAUUGAUACCUGCUUUCUUUUUGAAACUUUGUUGUGAUACACUCACGUUUGUUCAACCUCAGUUAUUGGGGUAAGAUUUCCUUAUCGAGUCUAAUUUUUAUACGUUUUCAGACCCAACCAGGAGCAGCUGCCAAAAAUGCAACCAUAGGCUCUCUGUCUGGAAUUGAACCUGCGCCCCCUGAAUGCGCCCCUGCGGUUUCAGAACAGCGCGGAAACUGCUAAAAUUUCAAAAUUUCGGACAGUUCAGCUCGAGCCACGCCAAUUUUUUCCACUGACCACACCCAAUGUAUUAACUCUCCCGAUGUUACCUUUCAACUAACAUGGGAGAGUUAAAUUUGCCGUAACUCUCUUUGAAAACUGACUUAUCUACAGUAUCAUAAUCCCAAUCAUAACGACAGAGAAUCACGAAAAUGUUAACGUAUUUUUUUACGUUUUGACGGACGAGAUUUACGGCAAAUUUAACUCUCCCAUAUUAGUUGAGAGGUAACAUCGGGAGAGUUAAGAAAAUGGGUGUGGUCGUUGGAAAAAGUGGCCGUGGUUCGAACAUCGCUUUCCGAAAUCUUAACUCUCCGACUUUACCCUUUCUUUUAUAACUCUCCGUUUAUAACUCUCCGCACCCGAGCAGUGCUUUUAACCAACUGACAACUGAACUACAGAGUCUAGUUGUUGAGCUUUAACCGCAAGUUCAUGUACAGUAUAUAUACUAAGGUGACGCCAAUGUAAGGUAUAUGGUUCUAUCGAGUGAGAUGCUCAAAUCCUGAUAUUUAGUAUUGAAACUCUGUCUAUAAAUGAGACCGGGACGAAUUGUAAGCAGAACGAUUUCAUUUUGGUCAUGCAAACAGAUGCCUGUAGUCGUUAUUUACCUUAAUUUAAAUUGUUGAAAGGUUGCUCGCAGAAGACUGACGUAAUCACGCUAGAACUGAACUGACCGUUCUCUUGCUGGGAGAAAUUGACUUGAGAACUGUUUCCUAUUAGGAGGCAUCUCUCUGGUCUGAAUGUCGUGUCUCUUAAGUGACAAUCUCGUGGCCUAACGUUGGCCUAAAGGCUGGUUUGCACAGGUUAAUUCUAAAUUUUGAAGGAUUUGUAAAAGAUGCUUGAGGGAACUGAUUCAGUGUUAAACAAUAACGUUUCUUGCAAAUCCUUCACAUCGUAGAAUUUACCUACGCAUUCCUAGUGGGAUCACAGAAACUUUGAUAGUGUAAACCAGCCUUGACUGAACUGAAACCUGUGCAGGCAAGUCACUGACAUUGAAAGUUAAUUUCUCAAAAUUUCCCUCCCACCCUGGUCCACUCGCUUCACUGAAUCAUGAAUCAGUGAUAAAAUAAGUCUUACAUGCAGUAAGUGUUUUUAUAUAAAAUAAUAUGUUUUUACAUCUUUUUAGUGCCAUCAUCGAGUUUAUUGAUGACAGAGACCAACGUGAAUUAUGGGAAGGUAUUUUGUAUGCUGGAGGGAUGUUUGUAGUGGCACUAUUUCAAACGUUGGUUUUACAACAGUAUUUUAAAAUUGUUAUGAUCACUGGUCUUAGCAUUCGAACUGCUGUACUUGGAAUUAUCUACAGAAAGGUACGCUUAAUUUAUUUAUCUUUAUAUGAUAUUGUGCAGUAUCUUUUCACGCUUAUCAUUCACCCAGUUAAUUCACAUGCUUUUGUUUCAUUCUAUAUUAUCAUAUGAGUCAUCCAAAAAUGUGAACUGAGUGGUCACAUACGUUGUAGUCACAGCUGAAUAGGUGCUACAGUAUAUACAGGGCCGCCGGGUGGGCAGGGGGCAUUGUUCCCCCCAGGCACUAGCUUUUUCUACAGGCAUGGGAUCUUACUGACUGUAUUUUCCCCCAAACCUAAACCUUGACCGGACCUGUAUUUGUUAUUUUUCAUUAUAGGCAUUGGUGCUAUAUGAUAUUGUGCAGUAUCUUUUCACGCUUAUUAUUCACCCAGUUAAUUCACAUGCUUUUGUUUCAUUCUAUAUUAUCAGAGCAGUUGUGACUAGACAUAUGAGUCAUCCAAAAACGUGAACUGAGUGGUCUCAUACGUUGUAGUCACAAUAGGUGCUACAGUAUAUAUAGGACCGCCGGGUGGGCAGGGGGUAUUGUUCCCCAGGCACUAGCUCGAAAAGGGCUCCCAAAGCAAGGAAGGCACUUAAAAUUUCCUAGCUUCUUCAUUCCCGCAUAAUACAUGCAGUCUGAAAUAAAGUGUAACAUACAGUAUUGUAAAACACCGCUUCUCAUGUUUGAUAAUUAUGACGUCACAGGGCCCCCUGGGAAAGAUUUGCUCUGGGCUCCAUGCAACCUCUAGGCGGUCCUGUAAUUCCUUUAUAACAUUUGUUCAUAAUUGAAACCGAUAAUCACAGCCUCAGUUGUAGAAAAACCCAGCUCCUAGGUAUACUGGGCCAAGACGAUAUUUUUCGUGACCAAACUAAAAAAUCAUCUUGCAAGUAGCCCGCGUGCAGACCCAAGGGAACUGAUAGUGGGCCUGCAAGCAAGGCCCGGUAUUUUGUACUUUCCGUGUUCGCCCAUGAACGCGGCAUUCUGAUUGGCUGUUUGCUGUUGGAUUCUAUAAUUAGAUCAGUGAUUCAUCACAAAGGCUCUCGAUAAGCUUAAAAUUCGAAAAUUGAUCGCUUUUUUCGAUUAUAAAUGGAACAAGAACAGACUGUUUAUUGUUUACUUGAAGGAAGAGAUGUUUUUGGCGUUAUGCCAAUGGGGAUUGCUUGUCGUGAGGUGUUGGAAUAGCAACAUUACGACUGGGGUAAACUAUAGUAACCUUUACUUGAGUUUCAUUAAUUUCAAACAGACUUGAUAUGUUAUAUGUUCCUCAAGAAAAUUAUCAUUUGGUUGAUGUUGACUCUGUUCUUGUACUGAAGAAAACGGCGCUUUUCGCGGUGAAGAUUUAAAGGCAGUUGCAUGUAUUAAAGCCUAUUCGAAACACUUUGCGAUUUACAAGGCUUCGCUGAGAGAGCGAAACAGAAGACGGUAUUAAAUUGCCGUUUGAAACGAUCUGGACUCUGAACGUUCUCUUCUUUUGUAGAGUUCUUUACCAAAUGAAAUGACUGAAAUAAAUUUCGUACUUUCCGCCGCCAACAAGAAUUGCACACACGACCUGAUAAGUGAGACAAUUUAUUUAUAACAAUGGCGACAGCGAAACACACAUUAUAAAUGCCAAAUGUAGUCGCACGACUUCCCUCACAAUUUGAAGUUUGAGACUGGUUUUCUGUUGAAAUUCGUCCUAAUUUGCCUGUUCCGAUUUUAGUUGAAAAUGAGUACUUGCAAAUUUGGCAAUUACUGACUGCGUUGCUUGCUUUUUUGGAGUUAAAACGCUGCCAUUUACAUAUUGUUUAUGUUCUGAAUAAGCAGAGAAAACCCCGCAACAUUUUAAUGCGAGUUUGUUUGUUAAUAUUUGGAUUGCUGUCAUUGGUUCUUUUUUGACAAUUGACGCGCGAAUGGGGCGUGUUAUGAAAAGGGGCGUUUUACAAAAUACCGCGGGCCUUGCUUGCAGGACCACUAUCAGUUCCCUUGGGCCUGCACGCAGGCUAUCUUGCAAGUUGUAAGCAAAAUGUUUGUCAGUUAAACAGGCUUUUCCAGCCACUGUACAGCACUGAAGAUCCAAACUGAAAUUUAUAUUUGCCAAGACGAAAAUUUUCCUUUUCUACAGGCAUGGGAUCUGACUGACUGUAUUUUCCCCAAAACCUAAACCUUGACCAGAUCUGUAUUUGUUAUUUUUCAUUAUAGGCAUUGGUGCUAAGCACUGUUUCAAGGAAUCAAUCAACAGUUGGCGAGAUGGUCAAUCUCAUGUCUGUUGAUGCUCAACGUUUAAUGGACAUUCUCACAUAUAUUAAUAUGCUGUGGUCAGCACCAUAUCAAAUCUCGUUAGCAAUCUUCUUUCUUUAUCGUACUAUGGGAAUAUCUGUCCUUGCUGGCGUGGCAGUUAUGUUGGUGCUUUUCCCAAUUAAUUUCUUUAUUGGACGACGGAUGCGAAAGUUUCAG